CACGCGACAACAAGUGUUAUUUCAACAGCCAAAACAAAACACACACACACACACAAAAAUACAAAGAGAGAGAGAGAGAGAAAUGGCGACGUCGGGAACAUACGUGACGGAGGUGCCGCUGAAAGGAACGGCGGAGAAACACUACAAGAGGUGGAGGAACGAGAACCAUCUCUUUCCUGACGCUGUUGGUCACCACAUCCAAGGUGUUAAUGUUCACGACGGCGAAUGGGACUCUCAUGGGAGCAUCAAGAUUUNAAAUGUGACAUGUAUGUUUAAAGAUGGAAAGCAAGAGAUAUUCAAGGAGAGGAGAGAGAUGGACGAUGAGAAUAAGACAAUGAAGGUUAUAGGACUGGAAGGUCACGUUAUGGAGCAGUUCAAGGUGUAUGAAGUUGACUUCCAAUUUAUACCAAAGUCUGAAGAUGAUUGCACCUGCAAGAUCACUAUGAUAUGGGAGAAGCGCAACGAUGAAUUCCCAGAACCAGGCAGCUACAUGCAGCUCCUCAAGAGCAUGGUUGUUGACAUGGAAGACCACGUCCUCAAAGCUUAAUCAACAUCAACAUCAUCAUCAUCAUCACAACCAACAUUGUCCCUAUAUAUUAUAUAUUAUAUAUGCUGUUUUUAAUUAUGUGUGAUCUUUCAUUUCUAAAUACGGUAAUGUUUGGUUCUCAAUUCCAUAUAUAAUAAAUGGGGUCUUGUGGAGUUUCAUU